AUGUGUUACAAUCCUUCAAAUUUACUUCAGCCCAUUACUCCUCUCUCUGUAUCGCAGCUACACUUUAUCCCACAGUAUGUACGUUACAUUUUCACACUCUCACCCUGCUUUCCUCCGCGUGUCUGUUACUCUCCCACUACUUCCUUGUAUUCUUAUCUAAGCUUCCUACAUCCCACUGUCACAUCCAGACUCCCUUCCCAUGUAGACUAUUUCUCUCUCUGCCUCUCUCCCUCCCUCGACCAUGUCACAUUUCUUCUUCCUCCUCCUUCGUUUAUUGGACAUUGCUUUUUUUCUUAUUUUUUUACCGAUCCAAUCCCGGCAUGCCUGGCUCGUGCCACCUCCAUUCCCCCCUCCAACUCUCCCACGGAGUCUCACGCGCGUGCGCAUCCACACAUGUGCACACGCACUUGCAGAUACACACACUCGCAUGUCUUCCCCACUUCCAAUCGACCGACCGACCGACCACGGAUAUUCACCCGCUCUCUACCCUACCCCCACACUCCUCCUCCUCUCAGCCUUCUUCUUCUUCCUCCUCCUCCUGGUAGCGACCUCCGGCUUUCUUCCAAAGCCAACAUCUACACUUUGUCUUUGCAACUGCUCGCUUUAUUACUUGUAUUCUUUUUGCCGCUCAUUUCCCGAAUCACUAUCACAAUGGCCAGUCGUCUCUUUUCAAAAAACACAAGCCCAUCGCUUCUGAUCAAAAAUGUUUGCUUCAACAUUUCACCCAAGCCGCCGGCUUCUCUCUUCUUUUCUAAUCAUUUCCUUUUUCUCUCGUUCGAUCGAACUUUAAUUCUUUUUCUUUACCUUUUUGUUUUAUUUUAUUUUUCUCAUACUCUUCUGUUUCCUCUCUUGUCUUUCCUUUCUCUCCUUUCCUCUCACACUUGUCUCUCUCCUUUCCUCUCACACUUGUCUCUCUCCUUUCCUCUCACUUGUCUCUCUCCUUUCCUCUCACACUUGUCUCUCUCCUUUCCUCUCCCACCUUGUCUCUCUCCUUUCCUCUCACACUUGUCUCUCUCCUUUCCUCUCACACUUGUCUCUCUCCUUUCCUCUCACACUUGUCUCUCUCCUUUCCUCUCACACUUGUCUCUCUCCUUUCCUCUCACACUUGUCUCUCUCCUUUCCUCUCACACUUGUCUCUCUCCUUUCCUCUCUCACACUUGUCUCUCUCCUUUCCUCCUCACACUUGUCUCUCUCCUUUCCUCUCACACUUGUCUCUCUCCUUUCCUCUCACACUUGUCUCUCUCCUUUCCUCUCACACUUGUCUCUCUCUCUCUCUCGUCACUCUUUCCUCUCUUUUCUCAUCUUAAAGUGAAAAGAAAUUUCUCUCAUUUUAUUGUUUCUCUUCAUUUUGUCUCUUCCUCUAUUUUUCUUUUCCAGCCAUUAUUCUAUACUUUAUAUUUGUAA